AUGCAGUCUCUUCGAUCCGUCAUCACGCAGGGAACGCGCGGAGGGAGAUGGGUUGCGUCUCGCCGUAGUUUCUCUUCGUCCUCCGCUGGCGAAGGAGGAGCUUUCAAGGCAGACAAAAUUGCUUCAGCCACAGAGACGAACGGAGCAGGGGACAGAGCUCCGGAAAUUGGUUCACCCAAAGAGAGUUAUCACGCACUGUACAAAAAGGCUGUUGGUAUUAUCUACGUGGCUUCUGGUGCAGUCUUGCUCUACAAAGCCUUUGUUCACGAGGAGCUGAAGGGUCUUUUCAAGACCAAGUAG